GAUGGUUGCGCGCUCUUGAGCGAGAUGCAGAUUCAGCACCCGACAGCGAGCAUGAUCGCGCGCGCCGCCACGGCACAGGACGAGAUGACAGGGGACGGCACGACUUCGAGGAUUGUCAUGUUCAUCGGCGAGCUCAUGAAACUGGCGGAGGCCUCCCUCGCCGAGGGCCUUCACCCGCGCCUGAUCGCGGAGGGCUUUGACCUCGCCCGCGAGGAGGUCUUAAAGUUCCUGGAUGGCUUCAAGGUGCCCAUCGAGGAUGCCUUCAACGACCGCGAGAAGCUCGUCUGCGUGGCCCGCACCUCGCUCAGGACUCAGACCAAGGUGACCCCGGCGAUCGCUGAUCCGAUGGCGGAGGUGUGCGUCGACGCGGUGCGCUGCAUCAAGCAGGAGGGCAAGGUGCUUGACCUUCACAUGAUCGAGGUCAUGCACAUGAAAAACAAGCUGAUUACAGACACCCGCCUGGUGAAGGGCCUGGUUUUGGACCAUGGCGCUCGCCACCCGGACAUGCCGAAGAGGCUAGAGAACUGCUACAUCCUGACUUGCAAUGUCUCCAUGGAGUACGAGAAGAGCGAGGUCAACGCGGGCUUCUUCUACAGUUCCGCUGAGCAGCGGGACAAGCUGGUGGAUUCGGAGCGGAAGUUUACUGACGAGAAGGUCAAGAAGGUAAUCGAGCUCAAGAGAAAGGUUUGCACUGAGGAGAACAAAAAGAAUUUCGUGGUGUUGAACCAGAAAGGCAUCGACCCGCCUUCGCUGGAGAUGCUUGCGCGCGAGAACAUCAUCGCCCUGCGCCGCACCAAGCGCCGCAACAUGGAGCGGCUGCCGCUGGCCGUAGGCGGCGUGGCCGUCAACUCAGUCGACGACCUGGAGGAGAGCGACCUGGGACCGAUUCGCGGACCUCGUCUACGAGCAGACCAGGACGACAAGUACACCUUCAUCGAGGGCGUCAAGAACCCGCACAGCUGCACGAUCCUCGUCCAGGGUUCCACCGACCACGCGAUCGGGCAGAUGAAGGACGCCAUCCGGGACGGGAACCGCGCGGUGUCGAACACCCUGGAGGACGAGGCCGUCGUUCCUGGCGCUGGCGCCUUCGAGAUUGCGGCCCACGUGCACCUGGAGCAGUUCAAGCGGAGCGUCCUGGGCAAGCCGCGCCUGGGGGUUGAGAUAUUUGGGAAGGCGCUGCUCACGAUCCCCAAGACUCUGCUGGAGAACUCCGGCAUGGACGUGCAGGACAAGCUCCUCUCGGUGAUCUCCGAGCGCGAGGCGAAGGGCGUGGCCACGGGCGUCAGCACGGCCACGGGGGAUCCCAUCGACCCGGCGAUGGAAGGAAUCUGGGACAACUUCUCGGUGAAGAAGCAGAUGCUCGGCCUGGCGCCAGUGCUCGCCGAGCAGCUGCUCCUGGUGGACGAGGUGAUCCGCGCUGGCAAGUCGGGGGCCGGCGGGUGA